AUGCUGGUGACUUAUUUGGAAGCCAGCCGGGACCUUUGCGAGACGGAGUCAAUUCUUUUUGGCGCCGCACUGGCAGUAUGCCGUAUUAUUGGCGCCAAACUUCCCAUGCCUGAACGUGCUACUCAACAAAGUAGAGCCGUCCCAGCCUGGAGAAAAAGAAUCGAGGACCGUAUCGCAAAGGCAAGGACCCUAAUCUGCAGACUGACAAGCUUCAGUUCGGGUAAUAAAGGUCCGGGGCUCGACGGGCUGCAUCAUUACUGGCUGAAGGGGUUCGUAGUGUGUCACGCUAUGCUCGCCCGACAGUUUCAAGAGGCUCUCGAUCAGAAGUCGCUCCCGAGCCUCUUCACUACUGGGAUCACUCACUUGGUUCCUAAAGAUCAGGAUACCACAGACCCGAGCAAAUAG